CGGCUCUCUGCAUUGUUUUGACUCGGACAUUUUUUUCUCUAUUAAAUUUCCCCGCAAAACGCGUGGAAACACAAAUACACCCGCGGGUUUACAUCAGACUGCACUUUCAGAUCACAAGUCAGGUCAGAGGUCAUGGAGGAGCAGAGCGGGUCACCAGGGGUCAACACGGACCACAGCAGUCAGCGGAAUGGAGAUGAGAAACCUCGCAGGAGCAACUGGACCAAAGGCAGGAGAAGGAAGAAGCCGCUGAAAGACAGCAACGCCCCAAAAGCUCCACUAACAGGGUACGUCCGGUUCAUGAACGAACGCCGCGAGCAGCUGAGGGCGGAUAGACCGGAUAUGCCGUUCCCAGAGAUCACCAGGAUGCUGGGGAACGAGUGGAGCAAACUGCCCCCGGAGGAGAAACAGCGGUACCUGGAUGAAGCAGAUAGAGAUAAGGAACGUUACAUGAGAGAGCUGGAGCAGUAUCAGAAGACUGAGGCCUAUAAACACUUCACCAGGAAAGUGCAAGAAAAACAAAAAGGAAAGAGACACAGGGGAGAUGCUGGAAGACAGGCUCCUGGUGAAUCCCAUCAUGAGAAGGAUCUAGAGAUAAAGGAUCGCUCCGUGUUUGAUAUUCCCAUUUUCACCGAAGAGUUUCUGAACCACAGUAAAGCGCGAGAGGCUGAAUUGCGACAGCUCAGAAAGACAAACAUGGAAUAUGAGGAGCGUAACGCGGCGCUGCAGAAGCACGUGGAGAGCAUGCGCUCGGCCGUGGACCGUCUGGAAGGAGACGUGCUGCAGGAACGCACGAGAAACAGCCUCCUGCACCAGCACCUGGAAACGCUGCGCUCGGCCCUCACGCACAGCUUCUCUACCGUACCUCUACCUGGCAGUGGAGAGACGCCCACAUUGGAAUCCGUCGACUCCUACAUGAAGAGGCUUCACAACAUCAUUCUCUCCAACCCACAGGAGCACCAGCACCUGAUUAACACCGUCAGGGAUGUAGUCAAUCGCCUGGACAGGUAAUUGGGAAGCCCCGCCCCUCACUCUGUAGCCCCUCCUCCAUCCCUGCGACAGCCACAUAUGUCCUGCAAUUAUUCAGCUGUUUCCUAUUUAUUUUUUUACAAUGCCGCUUUUAUCUGCUUUUAUUUAGCAUUUGACCACGCAUUUUUUGCCACGUUUAGAGAGCUGACAAACAAAUGAACCGUGCGUGUUGAUUUGUAGGUUCAUCUGCAUGCACACAUACGUGCCUGUGUAUUAUUUUGAUUUUAAGCUGAAUUUUAUACUUGUCGUUUUUUCAUGUCGUGUAAGGACGUUGAGAUGUCGUAUCUUUGUGAAGUACGAACGCUUCGACUGUAGCUGGUGUAUUUGUGAUUGUAAUUUUGAAGCCAAUUUCCUAUAUAUUCUUCACAGCUUAAUAAAGCUCAUUUACAGCA